CACAAGACGAGCAUCGUGAAGCCUGUCCUGGAGCCCAAUGACUCAAGGAUAGACCGAUGGGAGGAAAAGUAUAAUUGGACUCGGAAUGACAGCACAGCCUUGCUCCCCAAGGAGGAAUGGGACAUCAAGAUGGAACACUCACGCGCCUUAAACAUCAUGGGCCUUGUGAGCUUUGCCACAGUGCUUGGUCUUGCACUCUCGAAGCUCGGCCCCAAGGGGAAGCCUCUUCUAGAUGUUUUCCACUCACUCUCUGACGCCUCCAUGGUCAUCACCUCAUGGCUUAUUUGGAUCUCACCUAUCGGUAUCCUCUUCCUCGUGGCUUCCAUGAUGAUUGAGAUGGAAGACUUCAGUGUCAUGCUUGGUCAGCUUGGUCUCUACUUCGGAACAGUUGUCUUGGGUAUCUUUAUUCACGGCCUGAUCAUCCUGCCUACUAUCUACACGCUGCUCACGAGACGGCUGCCCUUCCGCUUCUUGGCCAACAUGACACAGGCUUACAUCACAGCCUUUGCAACUGCUUCCAGUUCAGGAACCCUGCCUGUGACCUUCCAGUGUCUUGAGGAGAAGAACAAGAUUGACACCCGUGUGACCCGAUUUGUCAUUCCCAUUGGAGCCACCAUCAAUAUGGAUGGCACAGCCCUGUAUGAGGCAGUGGCUGCCAUUUUUAUUGCACAAGUCAGAGGCAUGGCACUCACAAUUGGCCAGAUUGUUGCUAUCAGUAUCACAGCCACUGCAGCAGCCAUUGGAGCAGCUGGCAUCCCACAGGCUGGUCUAGUUACCAUGGUAAUGGUGCUUGAUGUUGUUGGUCUCCCAGCUGAAGACAUCACUCUUAUUAUUGCUGUUGAUUGGUUACUAGACCGAUUCCGUACCUUGAUGAACGUUCUGGGAGACAGCAUUGGUGCUGGAAUUGUGUACGAAUUAAGCAAGAAGGAACUGGAGAAAAUGGGAAAUGUUAAUGCAAAUGGAGAUGUGGAAAGGCCAUCCAACGAAAUUGCUAUGGAUACAGUAGAGUCGAGCAAAAUGUGAGAUUUUGCAAAUGCAAAUGCCCAGUUAGAUAUAACAUGUCCCAGCUCUGCCAUUCCUCUCACCUCCAGGUCACAGGACAAGCCCUGUAGCCCACCAAAGGAGGCUACACAGAGCUAGACAAAAUCAACAUCUUCCCAACAUGAAACACUUUUGUAGACUGGUGUUCCAAAGAAGGUGCACAAUGACCCCAAAAUACAAGAGAAGGUUCAGAGUGCCCUCUCUUGGCUCUCCACAAAAUUCAGGUACCCUUUUUAGGGAGCCACACUUCAUAUUGUAUAGUUGAGGUUUUGUAAUAUAAGAGGCAAAAUGCCCUUGGGUUUAUAUCUGAAUAAUGAUUGCAGUAUCUAAGACUUCCAUAGUUUAUAAUUAUAAGAUUUCAACAGCAACAAAAUCUUCUUAGGAUUACUGUUAAUUUGUUUGAUGACAUGUGGUACAUGAAAAAAGUAUUUAGUAGUUAUUUUUUUCCACAUUACUGCAUUAUUCAAGGCCAGAUUGUUGUGCAGUAUUGCCAGUGAUUUUUCUUUUUUUUAUUUUAUUAAUAUGGUGCUUUAUUCACAGGUUUUUGAAUGUUAUUGCCCAUCACACAACCAUUUUUGUAAAGUUCAUUUUACGUUUACUUACAUUCUCCACAAUCAUUUAUAUAUAUAUGAUUUCACAUGAUCUGUCAGUUAUUGUCUGUGUCCACAGUAAUGACUUCAGACAUUACAUUAAUUACUUUGUGUAUGUUUUUCAGUCACUGGCAAGUGAAAUCAUAUCAUUGUUUUAGCACAAAACUAGAGCACAACUGUUGUACAUAAAGUAAGUGCAUUUAUUGUACAUCAAAUGACAAUAUUGAUAGAGAUAGUAUUUGGUAUUGUAUAGAGCAGUUUUGUAAUAGUUGUCUUGUUGGAAAGUCUACAGAUAUAUAUUUGUUGUAAAGUAGUGGAGUCAACCUCCAUGGCUGUCUGUGUUGAUGUCAGAUGUCAAAACGGGAUUUCCUUUUUCAAUUCAAAUGUGUAGAUAUGAGAAAAUUGUUUGUUUGUUUUUUAUGUAAUUUCAAGGUUAAAGAUCUUUGAAAAAUAGUUCAUUCAUAAAGGAAUAGGUUGAGACUGAAGUAGGGCAACUUUUAAAAGCCAUUGUUGUGAUUGCAUUAUGAAUAAAGUCUGCAGUAUAUUCUGUUAUUUUCAUAUAUGUUGCUUAAAACAAGUAUUCAUCAAAGAAUCUAAACCAUCUCUUUCAUUAACCAAUGAAUAUCAAAUCAAACUGUAGAACACACGCAGUGUUUAAACCUUUCCUGUAACAAGGAAAAGAGAAUAGAAAAUCAAACUAUAUAAAGAAUAAUUUGUACAUUGGUUUUGUCAAAAUGGUUCACCCCAAUGCUUUAGUUGAUAACAUCCACUGUAAAUAUGCGGUGAAAUGUACAAAACUGUAUUUUAGUUUAUCAUUCCUUUUGUGAGGACAUUUCCAUCAUAUAUUAUCAUAGUUUACAGUAAUGUAAUAAUCUUGGUGGUAAUUGAUGAUGGAAUUAUCAAAAGAUUUCCUUCUACAGCCUUUGCAUGUGUCUGUCUGUGUGUGUGCAUGUUACGUGCAUAUGAUUUUCUCACUUCUAUGCAUGUGUCUAUAUAUGCUGUUACAGGAUACUCGUACACAGACAUAAAUACACAUAGAAUGAUGAUAUAGAUGAUGGAUAUAAAACAAUAUAAAAAUAUCUAUAAUGAUGUAUAUAGAAUGGUAAAGAACAAAGAGUAUGUAAUAGAUACAUUGUUUAUGAAAUUCAACAAAAUAUGAAAAUUAUAAAUUCACAGAGGAAAUCAAAACCAAAGGUGGUAAUUAGAGCUAGCAAUUCUAUCACAAUCUCUUAAUGUUUUAAUUGAAGAGAUUAUAUCUGAUUGUAUUAUUAUUAAUAUUUUUGCUGGUAAUUGUUUCACUAUUUAACUUUUAAGAUUUCUCCUGUCAUGUGGAAACUUAAAGAUAAGUUAUCCUGUAAAUAGUAUGAUAAUUUAGGAUAGCAAGCAAUUAUUUGGGGUAUUCCAUUGUUUGAAAAACAAUUGUCAAAAAAGAUCAACCAUUUACUGUUAUCAUAUAGAAGCAACAAAAAAGAUGAAAUAUGACAUGCUUGCAAGAGUGAGUGACAAAACUGGGAUAAUGACUCCUUUCUUAUUGAUAAUAAUUUUAUAAGAUUGUUUCCUCAUUAAGAUCAGAAAAAACGGCAUCAUUCUUAAAACCAAAAGUUGUAGCUUUUAUCUUUCUUUUUAGGACUGCAGACAGUUGGGGUAGAUGUUUUGUCUCAGUUUGUGUGGAAUCUUCAAUUUUGAUUAUCGGAUAAGGUUUAAACGAAUAAUUUCUCAUGCAGCCCAAAAUAUGAUUUUUAUCAAUAUGAUGAUUUGAUGUCAUACCAUUUCAUUUUCUGUGAGGAGAAAUAAUAUUCAAUCUAAAAGAUUUCCUAUACUGCUACUUUCUCCAUAACCUUUUCUUUUGUAUUUUUUACUUAUCUGACUUGAUAGAGUAGAAUGCAUGAUGUAAGGUUACCAGAAUGAAUGGAAUAUUCUUCAAAUCAAGUAAAGCAUAAUUUAAUCCUAGUGGACCAAAUAUCUCAGACUAUGAUGAGUAGUUGAAGCUGAUACUAGAUAAAUGGCGUGUAAAGUGAUAGAUGACAGUGCUUUUGUUCGCAAAGUAAAGUGUGAACUAGCUUAAGUACUUUAAUCAAAUGUUGAGGGCCAGUAUGAAGACAAAAGACCCAUUUGAUGUGCAACUAUAACAAAAAUAAUAAUAACGAUAAUUUUCUUUCAAAUCAGCUGUAUCUUAAGCUCAAACUGCAGUGUAAGUAAUAAAUUUACAAUGUAAGAAA